GCACUCUUUUCAUGUCUAAAAUCUUUGAUGAUCAACGGUGUUGGUGGCUUUCGUUUUAGCUAAAACCGCUAUCGUUACUUUCACAGUUGAACUGCUGUCAUGGCUGUCAAAUUUUUUCGACGGAUUUGUUUACCGUUUAAGAAUAGUUAUAAUUUUGCAAAAAGCUAUUGCAUUCCGAAGUGUGAUCAUAAUUUCGUUUUGAGACGAUUCGUGGAACCGAAAUAUAUUUCAACUAGUUAUCGAAACAAAUUGCUACAAUAUAGUUCAUGCAUUUCAAAUUCUGUAAACAUGAGGUUAGGAAAAAUUGAUCCCAAUUCAUAUUCAGAACCUGAAAAAGUUGUUCUAAAGCAUGUUGAUCUUGAUUGGACUGUUGAUUUCAAAAAACAUGUUUUGAUUGCUACUGCAAUAUAUGAUUUUGUUAUAAUUGAAAAAUCACCAAAGGGUCUUUCAUCAAUCUUGCUCGAUGUAAGAGAUAUUAAAAUAACCGAUGUAUUUUGUAUUUGUUCUGGGACGGAGAUCCCUGUAAAUUUUUUCGUUGGAGAUCAUGUAGAAGAUAUUGGGGCCAAAUUGACAAUAGAAUUGCCACAAGGAAGUGAAGAAGCACUCAAAUUAAAAAUUGUUUAUGAAACUUCAUCAAAUGCCAGUGCUCUUCAAUGGUUAACACCUGAACAAACCUUAGGAAAAAAGCAUCCAUAUCUGUUUUCUCAAUGUCAAGCUAUUCAUGCAAGAUCAAUUCUGCCAUGUCAAGAUACACCAUCAGUUAAAUUUACUUAUCGAGCAAAACUAACUUAUCCAGAGGAACUCAACGCUCUAAUGAGUGCAAUUCGUGUGAGCAAUGAAAAGGGAGUUGCAGAAUUCCAACAAACGGUACCCAUUCCUGCAUAUUUAUUAGCAAUUGCAAUUGGGAAUUUAGUUUGUCGCAAAAUAGGGCCUAUAUCACAUGUAUGGGCUGAAGAGGGAAUAAUUGAAGCUUGUGCCUUUGAAUUUUCUGAAACCUCAGAAUUUCUUAACAAAGCGGAGGAAAUUUGUGGACCUUACGUAUGGAAGCAAUAUGAUUUAUUGGUAAUGCCGCCCAGUUUUCCAUUUGGUGGCAUGGAGAAUCCGUGUUUAACGUUUGUUACUCCUACGUUAUUAGCUGGUGAUAAAUCUUUAGCAGAUGUUGUUGCUCAUGAAAUUGCCCACAGUUGGACUGGAAAUUUGGUAACUAAUAAGAAUUUUGAACAUUUCUGGCUGAAUGAAGGAUUUACUGUUUUCAUUGAAGCAAAAAUAGUUGGCCGGAUGAAAGGUGAUAAAGAGCGUGAUUUUCAUUCAAUAAGAAAUCUAACUGAAUUGAAAGAAUGUAUUCGAACUCAGUUGAAAGAUACUCCACAACUCACAAAAUUGGUAGUGGAUCUUUCUAAUUUAGGGCCAGAUGAUGCAUUUUCUUCGGUUCCUUAUAUUAAAGGUUCGACUUUUCUUAGGUAUAUGGAGGAUAUACUAGGUGGUCCUGACGUUUUUGAGCCGUUCUUACGAUCUUAUUUUGAAACAUUCAAAUACAAAUCCGUUUUAACUGGGGACUUCAAAGCGUAUAUGUAUGAUUAUUUUGGAGAAAGAAAUAUGGACAACAAACUUGAAAAAAUUGAUUGGGAUCUGUGGUUAUAUGGCGAAGGUAUGCCACCUUUUCUGCCAAAAUUAGACGAUUCUCUAGCAAUUGUUUCAUCAAAUCUUUCUGAGUUAUGGAGUUUACACAAUUGUGAUGAUAUCAAGCUUUCCCCACAAUUGCUAGAAAAAAUAACAUCUCAACAAAUAAUUGACUUUUUGGGAAAAUUAAUUGAAUGUUCAAAUAUUGUUGAACUAAAUGAAGAAAAAAUUCUUUUAUUGGAACGCACGUACAAUUUAAAAUCUAAUAGAAACUCUGAGGUAAAAUUCAGGUUUUUGCGCUUAUGUAUUCGUGCCAAAUUAAUGGAUCGCAUGGAUGAAAUAAUUGCUUUCGCUAAUAGCAAUUUUAGAAUGAAGUUUGUACGUCCAAUUUAUCGGGACUUAGCAAAUUGGCCCGAAGCUAAACCUAUUGCUAUUGAAAAUUUCAACCGUGUUAAAGAUCAAAUGAUGACUGUUUGUUCCACACAAGUCGCUCGAGAUUUAGGUCUUAAAUAAUUUCAGAAAUCAAAAAAAUACUAAAAACUUUUUCAUAAAGGAUAACAACUUCGAUCGCUUUAAUUUUUUACUAUAUUGAAGGGCAACACUUCUUGGUUAUGCAACAAAAUUUUCUGUAUUGGUUGUAAACUCUUUUGUUUUGCAAUCGCUUAAAGUUUUGAAAUGAAAAUCGUUUUGAUCUUUGCUUAAGCUGGAUAUUUAACGUCAUCAAGGUUGGAAGAAAAUAUUUCUAGCGAAUUUGCUCACAGUAUUAAAGUACCUUCUAAAUGUAAACAUUUAGUUUUCCACUUUUUGAAAUUACAAACUUUAGCUUUUAUUUGAUAGAUCAUACUUUAUUUCAUUCUCAUGUGUUUAUAUACCUAUUUUAAAAUAUAUCGAUGUAUUUAAAUGUUUAAAUGCAGGGCUAACACAUUUAACCGAGUUUAUAGCCAAUUGUGUAAGGUGAUUAUUUAAAAUAUUUCCUUGUGUGCCCAGGGAAGUACGUCACAUAACAUGCUAAAAAAUUUGGCGACAUCGAAGCUGCUCUCUUUGUAAAAAUAUUAAUUACUAAUAAUCGUAAAAUUUUAAUGUCAAUUGCCUGAUAAUGUUAAAAAUUUUUUUUUAAAUCAUUGUGAAUUUACAUAUGUAUUCAUAUAUGGACAUAUGCACUUUGUUAAUCAUUUGUUAUUUUUGCAUUAUAACUUUUUCUAAGACUAAAAUAAACUAAUUUUUAA